CCUCAGUCCUGCUCCUCUUGGUCUCGUUCCUCAGUCCUGCUCGUCUUCGUCGUCGGUGACCGUGAGGUGUGAAGAUGUCGAGGAAGCCCGCGCCUGGACCUCGUGGAGUGGAGAUGGAGACGUCUGUGGAGGCGUCCAUCAUCAGGAUCCCUCCUCAUCACUACAUCCACGUCCUGGACCAGAACACCAACAUCGCCCGCGUGGAGAUCGGACCCCUGACCUACAUCCGCCAGGACAACGAGAGGGUGCUCUUUCCCCCCGUGCGGAUGCUCAUGGUUCCUCCUCGUCAUUACUGCGUCGUGUUGAAUCCCGUCGCCCGUGACGACAACGGACAGGUGCAGUUCGACCAAUCAGGACAAGCCAAGCUCCGACACGCCGACCAGGAGAUCCGCCUCACGCAGGAACCCUUCCCCCUGUACCCGGGCGAGGAGUGUGCGCAGGACGUGACUCCGCUGCAGAUCGUGUUUCCCGACACGGCGCUUCGACUUCAGGCUCUGCUCGACUUCACCGACGCCUCAGGGACCAAGAGGACGGCAGGAGACGAGUGGCUGUUCGAGGGACCAGGGACGUACAUUCCUCGUAAGGAGGUCGUGGUUCUGGAGACGAUCAAAGCCACAGUGAUCAGAGAGAACCAGGCCAUCAGACUGAGAGCGCGAAAGGAAGGAGUGGACCGCAGCGGAGUCAAGAGGGUCACAGGAGAGGAGUGGCUCGUGUCUAAAGUCGGAGCGUAUCUCCCCGGAGCUCAUGAAGAAGUGCUCGACAUCGUCAACGCCUUUAUCCUCACAGACAAGAAGGCGCUGCACGUGCGGGCGCUCCGGCCCUUUAAGGAGGCGGGGGGGCGUGAGCGGCGGACGGGCGAGGAGUGGCUGGUGACGCUGGCGGAGCGAGAGGCUCACAUCCCGUCCGUCUCCGAGGAGGUGGUGGGCGUCGUCAUGGUAACGACGCUCAGCAGCCGUCAGUACUGCGUGAUCCUCGACCCGGUGGGCGCCGACGGAAAACCCCAACUCGGGAACAAGAAGGUCGUCAAGGGGGAGAAGUCCUUCUUCCUUCAGCCCGGAGAGCGUCUGGAGAACGGGAUCCAGGACGUGUUCGUUCUGUCCGAGGAGGAAGGGCUGGUGCUGAGAGCUGUGGAGGCCUUCGACGACGUGGACCCGAUGUUUGAGGAGGAGGAUGACGAGGAGGAGGAAGAGGAGGGGGGCGGGGCCAAACGUCGGCGCCGUGUGGGCGUGGCCCGUCGCCCUGGAGACCGCUGGAUGCUCCGCGGGCCGAUCGAGUACGUGCCCCCUGCAGCGGUGGAGGUGUUACUGCGGCGACAGGCCAUUCCCCUCGACGAGAACGAAGGAAUCUAUGUCCGAGACAUCAAGACCGGGAAGGUCCGGGCGGUGAUCGGGCACACGUACAUGUUGACUCAGGACGAGGAGCUGUGGCAGAAGCAGCUCCCGGGGAACGUGGAGCUUCUUCUGGCGUCGCCGCUCGACCCUUUGGCCGAUCGAUCCGACCGGAACCAAACACAGAACCAGACGCCCAGAGACAAAACCCGCGUAGUGUCGUACCGCGUCCCGCACAACGCCGCCGUGCAAGUGUACGACUACAGAGAGAAGAAGGCACGCGUGGUGUUUGGUCCGGAGCUCGUCAUGCUCGGUCCGGAUGAACAGUUCACGGUUCUUUCUCUGUCUGGGGACAAACCCAAACGAGCGAACGUGAUCAAAGCCGUUUGUCUCCUGCUCGGCCCCGACUUCUGCACCGACGUCAUCACCAUAGAAACAGCCGACCACGCCCGCCUCCAGCUGCAGCUCGCCUACAACUGGUACUUUGCGGUGAAGAGUCCGGUGAGCGCUGAAGACGCCGCUGCGCUCUUCUCCGUCCCAGACUUCGUGGGAGACGCGUGUAAAGCCAUCGCCUCCAAGAUCAGAGGAGCCGUCGCCUCCGUGCAGUUCGACGACUUCCACAAGAACUCAAACCGGAUCAUCUGCUCGGCCGUGUUUGGUUUCGAUGAGAAGGUGAACAUCCGUCAGUGUCUGGAGUUUCCUCAGAACCGUCUGGUGAUCAGCAGCGUGGACAUUCAGUCUGUGGAGCCCGUGGACCAGAGGACGAGAGACGCGCUGCAGAAGAGCGUCCAGCUCGCGAUCGAGAUCACCACCAACUCCCAGGAGGCCGCCGCACGUCAUGAGGCUGAGCGUCUGGAGCAGGAGGCCAAAGGGAAACUGGAGCGACAGAGAAUCACAGAUCAGGCCGAAGCCGAAAAAGCCAGAAAAGAACUACUGGAACUGGAGGCACUGAGUGCGGCGGUGGAGAGCACUGGAGCUGCCAAAGCCGAGGCUCAGUCCAGAGCAGAAGCCGCUCGGAUCCAGGGAGAAGCUGCAGUGAACGAGGCCAAACUGAAGGCUGAGGCCCAGAGGAUCGAGGCCGAGGCGGAGCUGCAGCGUCUGGCCCAGGCUCGGGAGCAGGAGUUGGGAUAUAAACGGGACAUGGACAAACUGGAGGUGGAGAAGCAGGAGAAACUGGCCCAGAUCGAGAGUCAGAAGUUCAGUCGGCUGGUGGAGAGUCUGGGCGCCGACACGCUCAAGGAGAUGGCCAAGGCGGGGCCCGAGCUGCAGGUGAAGAUGCUUCAGGCUCUGGGGCUGAAGUCGACUCUGAUCACUGACGGCUCGUCUCCCAUCAACCUGUUCACCACCGCCAACGGCCUGUUGGGGGCGCUGCCGGGCCACGGGCAGGAGUAAAGACCCGAGAGGAGAGACCGAGACCAGGACCGGGACCGAGACCGGGACCGAGACCGGGACCGAGACCGGGACCAGAGGAGAGACCAGUUUAUAAAAAUAUAAAACUACAGGAAUUUAUUACGAGUUAAAGCUGCUGAUGUAAAAGGGUGUGUCCUUGUCUCCUUUCUUGUCUCCUUGUUUACUUCCUUGUUUCCUCGUCUCCUUGCCUCCUCAGGUCAAAGCUCUGAUAAAAUGAAGUUUUACAUUUGUUGCACUUUUUCCUUCAAGGCCUUAAAUAAACGAAGUGCUGCUUA